UGAUUGAGAAUGGAUUUUACGGGCAAGGUAGUGCUCAUCACCGGAGCUAGCUCUGGCAUUGGAGCUUCUACGGCUAAAUACCUCACCAACCUUGGUGCCACCUGCGUACUUGCUGCGCGCAGCGAUGCGAAGCUGGCCGAAGUUCGCCGCGAGUGUGUUGCGCUGGGAAGGGUGGAACCACUUACCGUCGUGACAGACGUCACCAAGCGCGAAGACCUCGAACGAUUGAUACGGUUGAUCAUUGCCAAGUACGGCCGGCUGGAUGUGUUGGUGAACAAUGCUGGCAAGGGAGCGGCAGGCAGCAUCGAGCAAGCCGAUCUGGACCAGUUCGAUGACAUUCUCGAUACGAAUUUGCGCUCGGUGUUUGCACUGACCAAGCUGGCCCUGCCGCAUCUGCUCGCGGUGAAAGGUAAUGUGGUGAACGUGUCGAGUGUGGCCGGUACCAACUCCUUCCAUAAUGCGCUUUCGUACUGUGUCUCGAAGUCGGCCCUCGAUCAAUUCACCCGCUGUACCGCGCUGGAUCUUGCCGCGAAAGGUGUGCGCGUAAACUCCGUCAAUCCGGCGGUUAUUGUGACGAACUUCCACAAGGCGAUCGGUAUGGAGGAUGAAGCUUACGCCGCCUAUCUGAAGCACUGUGAAACAACGCACCCGCUGGGACGCGUUGGAACCGGCGAAGAGGUGGCAGCAUCGAUCGCAUUCCUGGCAUGUGAUGCGACUGCUAGCUUUACCACGGGCACCUGUCUGCGUGUUGACGGUGGAAAACAUAUACUUACGCCACGUUAA